UAUUAUUAUUUUUAAAUAAAAAAUAAAAAAAUAAUAUAAUGGGGAAAAGGGUAGUACGUAUGUAUGUAUAUGUAAGACGAGGCCCUAUAUAAGUGUGGUGAGUUGCAUUUGGAGGAAUCUGAGAUUGUAGGGGGUAGUUGUUGAUCACACGUACAGUCACUUGUGUGUAGGGAUCUUUUACUUUUACUACUUCAAUUGCAUAUAUAUUAUAUUGACCAUCUAUCGUUAAAGCCGCUCUUAAAUUCAAUCUUCAGUUACAGUUUGUGCAGGACUUGUUCUUACGCCAUUUUUUGCGUAACUCUCCCAUCUAUAUUCUCUCACUUCAUCUUCUUCUUCUUUAUGUAUGUGAAUCCUUAGCUUUCUGUUAGGUUAUAUCACCAAAAAUAUAAACGUACAGAAGAAGAAGGGCGAAAGGAAAGAUAUGGAUGGGAAUGGUAAUCCUGUUAAAUACAGGGUUGAGAAGACUGUCACUCUGAAGCAGUUUAAGGGUGGGGUGUGUGAUAAUAUGCCCCGGGUGGUACGGAUAUCUGUGACUGAUGAUGAUGCCACGGAUUCUUCCGGUGAUGAGGGCGGUGGUUUCCGGCGGAUCAUGAAGAAACACGUGAGCGAGGUGAGACUGGAGAGGGGUGGGUUGGUGGAGGAUAGGAAUGGGAAUAGGUAUAAGAAAGUGAAAACGGGUGGGAAGAAGGUGGCGCAGGUGGGUGAGGAUCAGCAGAAAGGUGGGAGUGGGAGUGGGAGGAAGUUUCGGGGAGUUAGGCAGCGGCCGUGGGGGAAAUGGGCGGCGGAGAUUCGGGAUCCGAUUCGGAAAACCAGGAUUUGGUUGGGGACUUUCAACACCGCCGAGGAAGCUGCCUACGUCUACGACACUGCCGCAAUCGAGUUACGCGGACCCGACGCCAUGACCAACUUCCUAACUCCUCCUCUUCCGCCGCCCAGGUCCGCCGUAUCCGACUACGACUCCACCGGGGAGUCCGAGGUCCUUCCCGUUCCCUCGCCAACCUCCGUCCUCAGAACGCAUACCGCCACCACCGCCGCCGCCGAGAAACAGAACGGAAAUGAAAACAAGCAGUGCGGAGUUGAACCGCCGACGACAGAAAAUGGAGACGGUGUACUGACGACGAAUUGUUGUGUAGAGACAGAGCAGUGUUGUCUGAACGGGGUUUUGGAUUUCUGGUCGUCUUCUUCCUUGUUAACCGACUACUACCAUUACGGCGACGAGAAGAUUCUGCCGGAGGUGAAGAUGGAGGGGAGUUUAGAUGACAUUUCGCUGGAUUUUCAGGCUUGUACGUGGGAUAUGAUGUGAAUCAAGCAUCCUUAAUGCUAACUUAAUUUGUACAUGAUGAAAACUCGAUCUACAAUGUUUUUGUCGCGUCGGGCCAAAAUGCUUUACUAUUUCUUUAUUAAUUUAUUUAUUUUUGCAUGACAGCUUCUUUUUGAUUUAGAGACCUGGACAAUCUAGUAUUGUAGUACAUAUGUAGUGUGUAGCCACUAAUCUUCAAUUAGACUAGCUAGUAAGCUUUUCUUUAAUUUGUUGAAGAUGUAAGUUUCAGAAUAAUAAAAUUUAAUUUGUUGGCCUGUA